ACUAUCUGGCAACUCUAACGUAGAAACAGAGGCAGAAAACACAAAAAGGGCCAGGACAAAAGUGUGAAAAUUUUCGUGAAAAUUUCAUUUUGAGAGCUCUUAAUAAACAAAUAUUGUGCUGUGUAUUUUGUAAUUGUUCUUCUCAAUGAUUCUAAUGUUUACAAAAUGAAACUGACAAUUAAAUCAUGGACUGGCGUAGCAACUUGGCGAUGGAUCGCAAAUGAUGAAAAUUGCGGCAUCUGUCGAAUGUCUUUCGAGAGUACCUGUCCGGAGUGUGCGCUACCUGGUGACGAUUGUCCUUUAGUGUGGGGCGUGUGCUCACACUGUUUUCAUAUGCACUGCAUUGUUAAGUGGUUGAAUUUGCAAACUAUGAAUAAGCAAUGUCCCAUGUGCCGCCAAAGUUGGAAAUUCAAUAUACAUUGAGUCGCAGCAUUUGCUUGUUUGCCAGAGAAGAAUAAUAAUAAUAAUUUCGUAAAAGUCAUUAUAGUGUAUUAUAAAUAUAUGCGAGUGUAACGCGUGAAUAAAAUCAAUAACAAAUUUA